GAGUUGAAAGAAGAAGAAGAAAGCAGUGAUGGAAGAUGUGAUAACAGAAAUUCCCCCACCAUCAAGGUUCUUCGAAGAAGACCUAAACAAUUUCACUGCUCCAUCACCCACUCUUCCAACUCCUUUCAUCGUCUUCUCCAACCCAAAACCCAAUCUUAACAGUCCCCUUCGUCCUUCCCUCCUUAUCAUCGCCAUCUCGACUCCAUCUAUCAAUCUCCUCCACCACUGUCUCUCUUCCAAACCCCCAAUCGGGACUCUGAUGCUUCCAGAAAUCUCAUUAUCUGGCAACUCCAUCGAACCCUCACUAAAGGAUAAAUCUUGCCACAUUUAUGCCCUCGAUGAUCAGAACUCAAUUAUUGUGGUCAUCGUACAGUUCCGCGUUGUCGCAGAGAGGUCCCAUGCGGUGGCGAAGUUGCUGAUCGAUGGAGAAGCGCAAAUUUGUCCCGAGAGGGUUCUGAUAUUGGAUUCCGUGCAGAGUCGGAACUUCCGCAGUAAUCUCCCUCCGGAUGAGGAACUUGCUUUUAAGCUCGAGACAACAGCGGCAUUGAUGGAAGAACAGGAAGGCCUGGGUGCGCAAAUUAGAAGUUUAGGGUUUUUCCUGUCGGGGAGUGUGAUGGAUGGCUUGGGUGCAGCUCUUUUGGGUCGAUGCCAGAUGAGGAGGAUCAAAGGGACCCUGUGUGUUACAUGGCCGGAAUCCGGUGCUCUGGCGUUGUCUCUGGUGAAGUCACUGCUCAAGGAUGUACUGCCAAGCUUAGAACAUCUUAGGGUCAGCGAUGUUGAUGAUGAUGGUAGUCGUCUUGAUUCUGAGUUGUAUACUUGAUCCUGCUUAAUUGCAGAACGAGGUCCAUAAAAACUGUUGUGGUCUCGCUCCCUAGUCCCUACACCCUGAUAGUUUUCCACAAGGAACGAAAGGAAAAUUGCUUUUGAGGAAGAGGACUUUUCGAACCAUAUACUAUUGGAAAACUAAAAGACCUAUGGGGCUACCAAAGAGAGGAUGCAAGGGCAAGGUCAAUGUCUUGUGUCAGAGACCAUUAGACGAAGACAAAUAGACCCAGUAUAUGGGUAGUUACACUAUAUAUUUUGGGUUUUGGUUGAGCUUCAAAUUUCAUUUUUAAACCUAUUUUUGAGUUUUGACAUGGCUCAUGUUAUUACAGAAACAUCACUUUAAUCAAGGUCUUUUGUAAUUGUUAAAGCU